AUACCCGGAUGUAUACUUGCGCCACCCAUUUCAUUUAUGGUUUUCACUUGAUAGUACAGUAUACGUUACAGCUAGUGUGUGACGUCACAACAGACCGCGCUUCUCUUUUUUGUUCCUGUUUGGACUUAGCGUCCGUUCAUUUUCACAAGAUUAUUUAAAUGAUUUAAUCAUGACGCCGGGUGCGGAGUAGAUCCUUGUUUAUUCCCGCGUGUAUAACACAACAAACAAUGAAGCUGCUUCACAGAGACAUUGAAAAAGACAACACCGGUCAGGUGACUCUGAUGCCAGAGGAAGCAGAGGACAUGUGGCACACCUACAACCUGCUGCAAGAGGGUGACAGCUUGAGGGCCUCCACUAUAAGAAAAGUACAGACCGAAUCCACUACCGGAAGCGUGGGUAGCUCCAGAGUUCGGACAACUUUAACUUUAUGCGUGGAGACGAUCGACUUCGAUACGCAGGCCUGCCAGCUGAGAGUCAAAGGGACCAACAUCGAAGAGAACCAGUAUGUCAAGAUGGGGGCAUACCACACGAUUGAGCUGGAGCUCAACAGGAAGUUUACUCUUGCGAAAAAGAGCUGGGACAGUGUCAUCCUAGCCAGAAUUGAUGAAGCAUGUGAUGCGACACAGAAGGCAGAUGUGGCAGCGGUGGUGAUGCAGGAAGGUCUCGCCAACCUGGUGCUGGUGACCCCAGCCAUGACGCUGCUGCGUGCUAAAGUGGAGCUCACCAUUCCCCGCAAGAGAAGGGGAAGCUGCACGCAACAUGAGAAGGCUCUGGAGAGGUUCUACGAAGCUGUCAUGCAGGCUAUUUUACGUCACAUUAAUUUUGAUGUGGUCAAGUGCAUCCUGGUGGCUAGUCCUGGCUUUGUGAAGGACCAGUUCAUGACGUACCUUUUUAAAGAGGCAGUGCGACAAGACAACAAGUUGCUGCUGGAGAACCGACCCAAAUUCAUGCUGGUCCACGCGUCGUCUGGUCACAAGUACUCGCUUAAAGAAAUCCUGUCAGACCCCACAGUAACGAGCAGACUGUCUGAUACCAAAGCUGCAGGAGAGGUGAAAGCCCUGGAGGACUUCUACAAGAUGCUCCAGCAUGAACCUGACAGAGCUUUUUAUGGGCUAGUUCAUGUGGAGAAGGCUGCAGACGCCCUCGCUGUCGAUACUUUAAUGAUCAGCGACAAGCUAUUCAGGCAUCAGGAUGUCCCUACCAGGGCUCGCUACGUCCGCUUGGUGGACAAAGUGAGAGACAAUGGCGGCAAUGUCAGAAUAUUCUCCAGCCUUCACGUCUCUGGUGAACAACUGACUCAGCUGAGCGGCGUGGCGGCCAUCUUGCGCUUCCCUAUUGCCGACUUUUCAGAGGGAGAAGAAAGCAGCUCAGAUGAAGAUUGAUGAUAGAACUGUUGCUAAUUAAAAGAGGAAAAACUCUACCGACUGUGUAUUGCUGUCAUACUAGUGAAAUUUAGAAUUCUCAUCUUUAUCCGUUAAAUUAGCGUGAGGUUGUGUGUAUGAGGGUACAUAUACAGUACAUAUUAAGAGUGCAACAAUACACAAAAUUCACGGUUCGGA